AUGCGGCGAAUUCUACUCGUCGCCCUUGUGGGCGCCGUGUUCAUCGGCUCCCAGGCAGCCGAUACGCUCUGUUCCGUGUAUGAUCCGUUCAAAGUACUUCCGGACAACAAUAAGUUCCAAAUCGGAGGAGCGUUUCCAUUGCAUGACCAGGACUGUAAAAAGUUGCUGCCCGAGACCGUUCAGGACAUAGUCGCCAUCCAGUGGGCACUAACACACUGGAACCAGAAUCCUGCAAAUUACAACGCAAAGCUAGGCCUUUACGCAGGAGACACUUGUUCUCGGGCGCAGGAAGCAUUGUCACAAUCGUUAAGAUUUUUGGAUUCUGUAGGCUAUCACGAACCGAAAGAAUGUCGAACAGAAAGCGCUGGACCAAAACUGCUCGGUCUGAUAUCGCCGAAGGACUACAGCUCUUCCACAUCGGUAGCAACGAUGCUCACAGUAGCCGAACUGCCAGUUGCAGCCUAUUCCAGCCAAGCUGCUAACGCGUUGAUUGAAAUGGAAGUGCAAAACAUCAUUGCCACCACACCCACCAUGGAAGUAUACGUUGAAGCACUCACAAAGUUGAUGUCAUCACUUCGAUCAAAUCUCGUCACGAUAGUUGAAGAUGGAUCAAACGUGGAGACUGUGAAGCGGGUAGUGAGUCAACUGGAAACUGCAGACAUUUUCGUAUCUGAUGUACUGCACGUCGAACAUCCUCAGCUAGCACAAGCUCUCGAGGACAGCGAUAGUGACAUCGUUGUUUCCUUACUACCUAAGGCCGAGCUGAAAUCUGCUCUCAGCGACCCAUCACUAUACAAAAUGGAUAAACUUUGGAUCUCCGUACCAGUUGAUGGAGAAGCACUUGACGAUGAUGAGCAAGAAAAGAUACUUCACCGUGAAGCUCAGAUUGAGAUCAUCUCGCUCCAACCGCAAUUCAUCGACCUGCCGCAAUUCCGUGACUACUUCCUUCGAGUGCUGAAGAACAACUACAAAAGUUACCAGCUUCUUACAUCUUAUGUGCAGCAGGUGUACAACUGUAGCGAUGAGUCCUGUGAAGUCGACAAGAAUCAAAUGGCCGAACGAUAUUUACAGUCAACGACCACAGAGGCGGUGAUUCGAAUGACAUAUGCUUUUGCAGCUGUCGGCCAAAAGAUCGGAAGUGACGCAGAAAAGGAGAAGAUCUGUGUUCAUCCGACACCUGAGUGUACAUCACUGAUCGUACAAGAAUUACUCGAUCUCGACUACGAAUUUGGAAUAAACGAUCCGUCAGAAAUGGCCGGAGAACGCCUCCGGUUCUAUAGAGGUAGUGAAAAAGUGCUGAUCGCGUCCGGCAUGACCGUGAAAGCAAUCGAAUUAUACAACACCGAAGGAAAGACUAACAUCUACCAUCUGAUGUCGUUCACGACCGGAAUUCAGCCUACCGUAACAAUGUCAGCAAUCAGACCAGUGGAUCAACGAAAGCGAUCCAUAUGCAGUCCUUAUCGUCCGUUCUGUGGUCAAUGUCCUAAUGUGCAAACUGUCAAUGGAGAGAGACACUUCCUCUCGAUUCCUCGCCACUACCCAAUGUAUUUAAUCGGUUUGUUUGAUUUACACGGUGGCUCAAAGUGCCAGUCGAUGAAGGCGACGGACAUCAGUCUGCCAAUGGCGUUUGUUCAUACGGUGUGGACGUUCAAACAAAGAUUCCCGGACUUGGUUCUUCUAAAGAACCUCGACUUCGGCGCACUUCUUGUGGACUCGUGCUCAUCCGGAAAACAAGCUAUUGAAACAGUUGUCAGAGCGGAGACCCAGUGUUUCCGAUUCAAUCAGGCCGGCAGAAACAUCACCAUCGUUCCGGGCUCGGUGUUUGGAUAUGUGUCCGCUCUGCAUGGAGAUUCACAAGAGGCUCUGAAAGGCUACUUUUCUUCGGGUGAUGCAGCAGCCGCCCUGGUUGCUGCUGACUCCGACUCAACUCCUCGUCAUGCUUUCACUGCUCUGCCUGGGGCCAGAAGUCAAGCGCUGGCUCUGCUUCGAUUCCUUAAUCGCAUGCACUGGCAAUUUGUAACGGUAGCGCUGAGCGAACAGGACCCAGAAUCUCUGGCUGCCUUCCGCAAUUUCGAGCGUUUAGCAUUGGAUCGUGGAGUAUGUCUAGCCGAAGUAGUGAACAUUGGAGGAGUUCGAGUGGAUAAUCUACCUAUCGGCACAACAACCAAUGUUACCAUAGUGUUCGCAACAGCUCGGGAUGCAGCUGCCUACCUCUCACUGACUCUCCGCUCCACUCGUCGAGUUGUUCACGUCAUGAUGGGAGAUUCACAUGAUUGGUACCUGCAUGACCUGGAGAACAGAAAACACUUCCAAGGGAUUGUAUCUGUACAACCUAAAGAUAUCCUCCACCCCGACUUCCGUGAAUGGAUGGAGACGACAACGCCGCUAACGCUUCCUGAGAAUUGGUUCUGGUCUUUCAUAGAAGAUCGAUGGCAAUGUGCCCUUACGCAGAAGAGCAAGCUCACCUAUGGGAAAAUGUGUACUGGUGACGAGACGCUUAACCUUGACAGCCUAGGAAGGAUGACCAAGGCAGGCUACAUCUCGCGAGGCCUAGAGAGGUUCCUUUUCGCCAUGGACUCGGUCUAUAGAAAACUGUGCCCGACUCAAAGUGGUCUGUGCUUGGAAUUUUAUGAGAAUGGUCGACAGAUGAUCUUAGCCCAGUUAAAAAAGACUAAUGUCGAGGACGAUAUUGACAUCUACGAGUUCCUGCACGUCGGAAAUGACGAAUACGCUUAUCGAACAAUUGGGAACUGGUCCCUGUCUGGUGGUUUACGCUUGCACUCACUCUACCGCAGUUUCUUCAAUGGUCCUGUAGAGUCGAAAUGUCAGCCACCCAUGUGUAAAUGUUUCCUUGAUGGUGAUUUCUUCCAACGUCCACUUGACUCAUUUGUUCUGCCUUCUGAUCACGUCGAGGCGGAUAUGAGCACUGGAUCAUAUGUGAAGAGACAACCGGCUUUUGGAUCCGACAAAGUUGGAUACCAAUCGAUAUUCGAGCAUUUGUCAUUGGGUCGUUGGCGCCAACACACGCACAAUUUCGUGUUGCUCGCACUAAUUACCAUUUUAACCAUUGUGGCUAUCGCAGUUCUUGUUCUUGUGUUGGUGAAACUGUAUCUCCGCGUUGUAAAAGGAAAUCAAUCGCUUGGAAUCUCUCUACUUAUUGGAAUAAUUUCAUUGUACAUUACCGCUUAUUUCUUCGUCUUCGAUGCUACCGACGCAGUGUGCCGGCUUCGCGUUGUGUUGCACGGCUUCGGGUAUGCACUGUGUUUUGGAGUGAUGAUUGCGAAGGCCACUCAGCUGAGGAACGCCGAAACGCUUGGCUUCGGCACUGCAGUACAUAUCUCUUUCUGGAACUAUUGGCUGCUGCUUUUCUUCAUUAUUGGAGUACAAAUCGCACUGAACACGAGGUGGGUCGCCGAACCGUUCAUGUCGACACUGGCCGUAUCAGACACACACUCGGAGAUGGUGUGCACCUUGAGCAGAGAGGAGUUCGUGCUUGCCAAUAUUUACGUGGUUAUUUUAUUGUUUCUUGCGUUGUUUAUCAACAGCAGGAAUAGAAAUAUCAAGAGAAACUAUAAAGAAACUAAGUGGUUGUUCGUAUCGUCACUGCUCUGCACAUUCAUUUGGCUCUGUUGGAUCUUAGUUUACUUUAUUGUUCCUAGCGAAUUCAAAGAAACGGUUGUGGUACUAGAGUUAUUGGGUUGUUCUUCGGUGCUUCUUGGUCUACUGUUCGGUCCAAAAAUCUAUAUUCUGCUCUCUUAUGAGCCUGUGGUCGUCGAGUUUAAACAGGAGGGUACUCAACAGUGCAAUAACAUGACACUCUUCGAAAGAGACGAUGACAUACCAUCCGUUCGCGCUGUGUCUCCUGCAAGCAGUAGUGGAUCGACUCGAACUUCGUCAUCAGCGUGCGGUAAAAGAGCACAGACUGGAAACACUGCCUACCAAGACGAACAGUCUCCUAUCUUCCACACGGUCAUGAGGAAGAAGAAUAAAGUGCGCCGGUCACAUAGUGAGCACGAACUUGCUCAGCACAUUCGCCCUUACCCCGAUGUGGCGGUCAUUCACACUCCAUCGAAAUCAACCCCACCCGGCUUAAAAAGACCGACGAUCUUACAUUAG